CUGCUGGCCAGGAGAGCUGGGCAGCUCGGGUCGCGACCCUGCUAUGUUCAGGAUACUCGUCGCUGGGACCCUCUCUUCCCACGUCUCAGAGAGAGUUCGCGAGCGCCCGGGUCCGAGCCCUGCCCCGCGGCGGCCACGGGAAUGAUCCGUGCAGGGACUCUUCCAGCAAGGUCACGUCCUAAGCCCGGAAGGGGGUCGGUGUGGUGUGCGGAUCCUUUUGGCCUCCCCAAAGCGACCGGAAGGUGCGCAGGGGUAGGCGGGGAAGGGAAGGGGCGCUAGGGUGCGGCGACAGGAGCGGCGGGGUACGGAGCAGGCGUCUGGACUCGCCGGCAAUGGGCGGGGAGCAGCCGUCGGUUUGUCUGGGCGCCGAGGGCCGACCCACCGCGUGGCGAUGACCCUACCAGGAGCGUCAGACCUGGAGCUGGGCUGAGGACGCCGAGGUUCGGACUGAGAGAGACGGGGCGGACUCCCAGGGACCAGAGAGGAUUUUAACAGGUGGAGAGUCGGAGCGGGCACUGGUACUCCGCGGUGGGCUUCGGGCGAGCAAAGACAGCAUCCCGAACGUCUCGGGCCCGGCGAAAAAGGGCAGUUCGAAACGCGGUGGGGAGAGCACGAACGCACCUAGUGGACAGUGGUGGCGGGAACCAGGCUCAGGGGACCCAGGAGAGGCCGGAGGACUCGGAGUGGGCGCGAGCCUCGGACCAAUGCCGGCAGAGUGCCCCGCUGCCCUCAGCGAAGGUACUUUGGGAACCCUGGAGCCGAAUUGAGCCAUGACACAGCUGUUGGAGCCCCUGGAGAGGGCCUGGUGUGAGAAGACUUGGAGUUAUCUGUGAGAAAACCUUUGGAGAGCACCACCCCACCACAGGGACGCUCUUGGAUCCUGUAAGGAAGAGGCUCUGGGGCCUAGGCCCUUCUGCCUGGGCGGCAGACGGCUGGGCUGCAGCUAUGGACCGUGAGCUGGCCCAGCCCGUGUCCUUGCUGAGCCUGCCCGUCUGCAGCCGCUCCCACCAUGGGCUCCUCAGUAUACAUCACAGUGGAGCUGGCCAUUGCUAUGCUGGCUGUCCUGGGCAACGUGCUGGUCUGCUGGGCCGUGUGGAUCAACAGCAACCUGCAGAACGUCACCAACUUCUUUGUGGUAUCGCUGGCGGCAGCUGACAUCGCAGUUGGUGUACUCGCCAUCCCAUUUGCCAUCACCAUCAGCACUGGGUUCUGCGCUGCUUGCCAUGGCUGCCUCUUCUUCGCCUGCUUCCUCCUGGUCCUCACACAGAGCUCUAUCUUCAGCCUCCUGGCCAUUGCCAUUGACCGCUACAUCGCCAUUCGCAUCCCACUUCGGUACAAUGGCUUGGUGACUGGCAUGAGGGCCAAGGGCAUCAUUGCAAUCUGCUGGGUGCUGUCAUUUGUAAUCGGCCUGACGCCCAUGCUGGGCUGGAACAACUGCAAUCAGCCAAAGGAGGGCAAGAAUCACUCUCAGGACUGCGGCGAGGGCCAGGUGACCUGUCUCUUUGAGGAUGUGGUGCCCAUGAACUACAUGGUAUACUACAACUUCUUCGCUUUUGUGCUGGUGCCCCUGCUGCUCAUGCUGGGCAUCUACUUGCGAAUCUUCCUGGCGGCCCGGCGACAGCUGAAGCAGAUGGAGAGUCAGCCCCUGCCAGGGGAGCGGGCUCGGUCCACACUGCAGAAGGAAGUUCAUGCUGCCAAGUCACUGGCCAUCAUUGUGGGUCUCUUCGCCCUCUGCUGGCUGCCCCUGCACAUUAUCAACUGCUUUACCUUUUUCUGCCCCCAAUGCAGCCAUGCCCCUCCCUGGCUUAUGUACCUGGCUAUUGUCCUCUCCCACAGUAAUUCUGUUGUUAAUCCUUUCAUCUAUGCCUACCGCAUCCGCGAGUUCCGCCAGACCUUCCGCAAGAUCAUUCGCAGCCAUGUCUUGAGGCAGCGGGAACCCUUCAAGGCAGGGGGCUCCAGUGCCCGGGCCUUGGCAGCUCAUAGCACAGAGGGAGAGCAGGUUAGCCUCCGCCUCAAUGGCCACCCCCCAGGGGUGUGGGCAAAUGGCAGCGCACCCCAUCCUGAGCGGCGGCCCAAUGGUUAUGCCUUGGGGCUGGUGAGUGGAGGGAAUGCCAAAGGGUUCCACGGGGAUACCAGCCUCGCAGACGUGGAGCUCCUUAGCCGUGAGCACAAGGGAGCAUGCCCAGAGUCCCCUGGCCUAGAGGACCCCCUGGCCCAGGGUGGAGCAGGAGUGUCCUGAUGGUGCAUGGAGUUUGCCCCUUCCUGAGAGAAGGAAAUCUUAAUCUUUCUGGUUGGCUGGACCAGUCACAUUGGGAGAAGAGAAGAAUGAGUGUGCUGGGAGACCCAUCGGGCGUCUGAUUCACUUUGGACUGAGAGGAGGGAGCCCCAAGCUGGAGCAGCAUGAGUCCCAGCAAAAAGGGGUGAGGGUCCAAGGAAGCAGAUGUUUCAUGCUGUCAGGCCCUGUCCGAGGCCAGGGCCACAGCACCAACAGCAUCUUGGCUGGGCAGGGCCCAGUCCCCCACUCCAUGAAGUAUCUAAAAGCCCCAAUUUGUCUGCAGAGAAGCUGUGACCUGAGGCUGGGGAAUGCCUUCAACAGACCUCCUGCCACACACCACCCUUGGCAGACGUUCUAGGGCUCCGGGAGCUGCUGGACCAGAGGUGGAAGUUGACUCCCCCCCCCACCCCCGCAGAAGAUCUCGUGCAAGGAAAUCCUAUUUUAUUAUCUUUCCCUCCCUGGCUUCUAGGCCUGUUGUCCAUCCUGCUGCUAACCUGGCACCAGGAGUUUGCCCAGGGAGUUGGGCAGCCCUCCCCUGCUGCCACAAACUGCCAUGCACUUAGUCCCAGGGCCAACUCUUGAGGUGACAAAGGUGGGCUGGAGGACAGACAGUUGUAAUGGGAACAGUGCCAGGGCAUAGACUCAGGCCCUAGGGGAGAGGUCAGGGCUUGCAGGCUAAGGACCUGUGCCUGGGCAGCUCAGAGCUGCCCAAUUAGAGGCCCUGUCUAACUGCCUUUACUUCUAAAGGGAAGUUUUUGUUUUUGUUUUUGUUUUCUGAGAUAAAAUAAAAAUGAGCCACAUUGUGUUUUAAGCUUGUCCAAUGAAAA